UGCCAAAAACGACGGCAUCUACGCGUUUCGUUCCCACGUUGUCCUGAAUCAUGCAUUUAGAUAAUUUGGCUUUAAGGUUUAAUUGAUUAUGGAGCACCAUGAGCUGUUUGGUGGUCAGGAACAGGAACCGGAAGCGGAACAGCGGCAGCACGCCGGACGAAUUCGACAAGGUCAGCACUCUGGCCAACGCGGAUGGCUCGGAAUGCGUGUCGCCAGUUACGGAACGGGGCCAGGAGCCGGACUCGCAGGCGGAGCCGGAGUUCGGCCAUCUGAAUGAGACGCGGCGCAAGAUUCACGAUGCCAUUGCGGCCCUGAACGAUGAUAGCUUCGAUAGGCGCAUGGCCCGCUUGCUCAUGCAGUACGAGGGUGCCAUACGGGAGGAGUUCGAGCGGGCCCAGUACUUGCCGCUGAAGUGUCGCAAGCUGGCGCGCAUUCUAACCGGUCUCACCGACGUCAUCCACACAAUGGUCCAGGGUCGAGCCCUGCAGCAAGACGAGGGGUACAGGCAACGCAUGUGCCACAUCGUCGGCUUCUACAUAUCGUGCGAGCUCUGCUCCGCCCAGGAGCCGGUGGAGAGCGAGGAGUGCAUCAUCAAUCGCAUCAACAGUUGCCUCAAGCUCUACGUGGAGUACGGAGAAGGUGGCGCCGGCGUACACCGGGAGCAUGUGCUGCGCACUCUCCUCGCAGCCCCCAAACUCUUCAACAGAGCCAGCAUUUUGUCCAUGCUGUACAGCUGCCUUUUUCCGCACUGGUCGAUGCCCAGCGUUAUGAUUCAAGCGGAACUGCCAGAUAAACUCUACAUCGAAUACAUACUCAUUUUCUACUACUGGCAGCGUCUGGAGUCGGAUGAGUCGGUCAAGGAGCGAAUCGUAGAGUUUGCCGAAAAGUUCAUGAGGCCCUCGAAAUCCCUGGCCUUGAGAAGUGUCUAUGCGCCGUACUUGCCCAAAUUUACAGACCGGAGCACGGCAACGAGCACCAUAUUGAACCAUCUGCGGAAGAGCAGCUGCACCAGCCUGCAUGUGGUCAGCAAGGUGGACAACCGACCGCCGCAGUCCAACGAAGUGGUAGUCAGCUCCGAUGAUGACGACAGUUGUCCUAUGUGGGACAUUUCGGGUACGCCGACAUCAUCUCUGAACAGUCAUCCGCCCGUUUUCCUCCAGAAUCUCUGCCAGAAUGCCCGCCAGUUGGAACCGUGCAGGCGCAAUGCUCUCUUCAGCGGCAUCGACAACUCCAUUGAGAUCGUCGAUCUGCGCGACUCCGACGACGACGUGGAGAUGUUUUCGGUGAACUUCAAUGUGCCUGCCAAUGUGGAUGGCAUCAUCUCAAACUCCAACUCAAACGAUUCGGCGCAUCAGACGACGGCGACCACGAUCCUCGGCGAGGACGACUCCGUGCCCGUCACGCGCAUCUAUCCCAGCAACCUGCGCACGUACGAAAGGGCGGUGAUUCCACCCACCACCUACACAGUGCCGCGCAUCGUGAACAGUUACAGCUGCCGCCGGGAUAGCCUCCAUUUGGUGUCGACCACAGCGCCGCAUCUCGUCGAUCAGUGCGUGCAGACCUUGGAGGAGGAGGAGGAGGAGGAAGAGCCGGAUCUGGUUGAGGAGCACCAGUACCCCAGUGCCCUCGGCCAAAACUUCUUCCCGCGGAGCAGCAGUGCCAGCGAUGCCAGUGGUCAACGAACCCCCUUGUACCACUGCCGUCAAUCUUCUAGUCAGAACAGCAACUGCAGCGAGUCGUCGCUGCUCAAGAAACAGGUUACCUUUAGUCCCCGGCACCUGGGUGCCACUGCGCCGACUGCCAAGGCAGGAGCAUCUAAGAAGCCAUCCAUUAAACAGUACAUGACAAAGUCCCCGGUGAAUGGUGCCGGUUCUCUCCGCUGGAAAGCAGAGCACCACAAGGCCAGUGCGAAAAUGUUCGCCAAGCUAGAUGCCAAGAUCAAGGCUAGGAAUGAAGUCAUUAAUGUUGCUGCCAGUCAGCUCACACCCACCACCAGCAACGCCUCUAGUGGCACGCCCACCAAGAUCUCGGCCACGCCCACCCGCAUCCGGACAACGAACCGAGGGCAGAGAGUUGCCUUGCCCACGCCGCCAGCUUCAACGCACAGUUCGAGCAGUCCCUGCCAAAUACAAAGUGUAUCCACUGACAACCAGAGUUCCAGCGAUUGGGGCUCCAGUCGUCGCUGUUUUCCCAAGGCCGAUGGCGAUGAUGUGAGCUACUACAACCACCUGCUCACCCUGCAGCGGGAGAAUAUUCGCCGACGUAGGCUAAACAACCAAAAGAAAAAGGCCGGAAAAGCUUACCAUAAGGUGGAGAAGCCGGUUGAUCAGCAAAGUCUGCUCAAGCAGGCCACGAAGCAAUGUCGGAAGCUACGCGUUCUAAACGCCAAACGGAGAAAGGAAGUCCAACAGCUGGAGCAGGACUUGGCCAUCAUUCGGCAAUCAGCGCCGCACAGAUUGCCCCAAAUAAGACUGAAACGUUUGAGUCUCAAGGGCCUGAAAAGGUCACACAGAGCGGAAGAAGCGUUAAAUGGCCAUGAGCACAUAGAUAAGGUGGAAACAGGUGGCCAGUUACAGGAACAAACUUCUUUGGAGGAGAUGAACCUGCCACGAGAUGAGCGGAAAUGCAGCAAGGACCAGCAGCUGCUCGAGGAGGUGAAUGAGCUGGUGGAACAAGAGAACAUACAGACUCAAGAACAAACGGAAGAGAAGAAGGAAGUGGUGGGACGCCAUGAGCAUGAGCACGAUCAGGAGCAUCAACAGUUUCUGGAGGAGCAGCUGCUGCAGGAGCAACAUCAACUGGAGAUGCACCACGAACAGCAGGAGGAACUACAGCAGGCAGGGGAAGAACCAAAUCUGGUAGAGGAUCCACAAGAGGAUGAUCAGCUUCAUGUGGAGAAUGAACACGAACCAGAAAUAGAAUCACCUCAGCUCGAGGAUCCAGACGAGGAAGAGCCAAACCAGGACGAGGAUCAAGAGCAGGCAGUAGAUCAAGACGAGAAAGGGCAACAUCAGGUCGAGGAUCACGAUCAAGCAAAGGAGGAACUACUUCAGAUAGAGAAGCAAAAACAGCUGUUGGAAGAGCAGCAACAGAAUGGGGAAGACAAACAGCAGCUAAGUGGAUACCCAGCUAUUCGAGGGGGAUAUCGGAGCACCACUGCAACGCAAAACGCACAGGCGAAGGCGGCGUGUGAAGCGUGUUCGUUGGACGCACAUAAAAAACAAAAAGAAGAAGCAGGUGCUCUUGGCUUACCCACUGGAGUUUGAGGCAUAUCCUGGCCUUGAAACCUCACCCGCACCACCCGAGCCAGCUCCAGAUGAAGAGCCGGUCCCGGCCCCGGUCCCAGGUGCCGAGCCCAGACCAGAGCCUGCGUAUGAGUUCGACCAGGAUAUGGUGCCCGA